UUCAAUUUGGUAACACAAGUUAACAACAUCUUAUUUCCUUUGGAAGUCUUUCCAAAUUCUCCUCCAAAUCAACAAAAAUAAAAAAAUGUGGGAUUACCGCCAAGAAAUUGACUUGGAAACAUCGGUGAAGAUAUCACCGUACUGCCACGCUUGGCAGUCGGCUUGCUGGUUUAUGCUCAAGGGCCUUGAUCUCUGGAGAUUCUUGGUAUGGGAUCGAUCAGCGUCAUACCUGGUGGUCCUUACGACUUGCCUGAUUGGCCUUUCUUGGAUGUUAUUUAAGUCGUUCAGGCGUAGAUGGAAUGAAGUGCCCAUAUCGGAGAUCCAGUUGCUGAGAGAUCGUGUGCAGUUUGUAAGCCAGGAUAUGGUCAUGUUGCAAGAUGCCCUCAAUGCGACCUUAGUGUCCAAGCCAGUAGCUAGUAUUUCUAGUGAGGUCAUUGAUGCCAUGCUUGAGAAGAAGGCCGCCGAAGAUGGGGAAAAUUCGCCUUCGGAUUUAAAUUCCCCAGUGGCCCUAGAUCCUCAAGAUCCUCCCGAUUCUGAUACGAUUCCUGAAUCAGCUGCUAAGAAUCCUGAUCCCAAACUUCAAGAGAAUGCCUUAAACGAAAAUAACGCUCCUGUUGAUGAGAAAGUGCCAGAAAAGCAAACCCAAACUGAGAACAAGCCCCUUUUAAAAACCAAGCCCAGACGUGUAAAAUCACCAAAUCCACGUGAUUUAAAAGAAAAUCCAGACGUGGAUAACCGAAAUAUGCGUAGACGCCAACCUACACCAGAAUCGAAUCCUGGAUGGAAAUUGUAGAUUGUUUUUGUCAUUGAAAUAGUCAAUUGCAAAACUUCAAAUUAAUUGUUAAAAUUAUCAUGUAAACUCCUUGUUAUAUAAAUGUUUUGUAAUGUUUUGUAAUUGA